AUGAGUGAACGAAAACUUUGGCAAAUAGCACGCAAGUGCCCACAAGGUGCUAAACAAUUUAUACAGAAUUUACCAAUUUCUUAUCGAGCAAACUUUGAAAAAUCAACGGUACGGUGCCAUCCGUUACAGAUCACCGCUGCGUUACAUGAGUAUUCCGAUAUAUUAUCAAUACUAGUCAAGCAUUAUAAAUUGGACUUGGAAGAAGAAUGUGAUAUCUUCAUUAAGAAAGAGAAAGUACAAGGUGCUACUGCGUUGUGGAUAGCUUGCCUUCGAUCUCACUUUCCAAGUAUUAAGAUAUUAAUUCAGAAUGGAGCUCAGAUCAAUCACGCCACAAGACAUCUCUCAACACCUUUACGGGUUGCCUGCUCAGCCGGUAAUCGCGAUAUCGUCCGGUAUUUAAUUGAUCAUGGAGCCGAUCCUUCGAUCGCAACGGUUAAGAAUGAUACCUGCUUGAUGACUGCUUGUAGGCAAGGAUAUCGCAAGAUUGCCACAAUGUUAUUGAAGCGCGGUGUCAAUGUCAAUGCUCAAACUGUGAGUGGUAAGACUGCUUUGCAUGAGUGUGCUACUUCUGGAAGUAUCAGAAUCUGUAAAUUAUUAUUAAAGUACGGCGCUAUUCCCGUCCCCAAUCAUUUUAAUACCACACCAUUGAUGCAUGGUGCAUUAUCUGGCCAUAGCCUAUUUGUCAAAUGGUAUAUAACGCGUCGCAAAUGUUUACUAUCGGAUAAAUGUAAGGCUCUAAUUUUGUUAGGUUGUACCGCUGCCGAUAAAUUACAUGAUCUAGCUCAAGCAUUACAUUGCUGGCGGACGGCUUUGACGAUGUGGCAAGAUACUAAAGAUCAACAACGUUCAGUUUCUAAUUUAAUUUCAACCAGUAAACCCCUGCCUGCAUAUGACUACAUAACUAUCAUUCGCGGUGCUGCUGAUAUUGAUAGACUAUCUAUCAAUCCUGAUCAUAUUAGGAUGCAAAGCUUAGCCUUGCGUGAGUGUAUCAUAGGUGAUGGUCACCCAAGUACGCAGUAUUAUAUACGAGUGCGUGGAGCAAUGUACGGUGAUUCUGAACAAUUACUGCGUUGUUGGUCAUUAUGGCUGUAUGCUCUUGAUUUGCAACAACAAUAUAUGCCUAUUGCUGAUCCAGCUAUUGAGAAGUCUUUCGUUUCAUUCCUUACUUUAUUUCAGCGACUCAUUAUAAAUGGGACGAGCUUUCCUAUUCAUAUUUUAAUUGCUGUUUGUCGCAGAAUAUUGCAAGAAAUUAGUCUCAUUUCAAUAUGCCUACAGAGGGAUAAUCCAAACAAAUUAAAAGCAUUAUCACGGCCUCCUAUUAGUGAUAACUUUUCUGUAGAUCGUUUUAUGAGUAUUUGCUUGCAUUUAAUUCGUUGUUGGCUGGAUAUACAAAGUGAGGUGAACUCAGAACGUGAUAAAUUUACUGCGGCGUUAUUAAAUAUUGAUAUCGUUACCUACGAUAAUAAGCAAACUUUUCUUCACCUUGUUGUAUCAGCUGAUCCUAUGGCUUUACAAUAUAAUCUUCGCGAAUUUCCUUGCCUCUACCUGGUGGAAUAUUUGAUUGCUCAUUGUAAUGCCGAGGUCAACGUUUUAGAUUGUAACAAAAAUUCACCGUUACAUCUAUCCUGUUCUACAGCGCAUCUGUAUCCGGUUAACUUUGAUAUCAUAUCUUUGUUAUUAAAGUAUGGUUCUCAUUUCGAUAUUCGAAACUCUUCAGGCUACACAGCCUAUGACAAAAUUGUGGAUAUCAACGUCAAGCGAUUGCUGAGAAAGCAAUGUUUACCAUCUCUUCUUUGCUUGACUUCGUCUGCUAUUGUAAAGAAUAAUGUUAAUUACAAAAAUCUUCCCUCAUCAUUAACGUCUUUCAUCGGUAUGCAUUAA